AUGCUUUCGAAAAUUCUUCUCAUUUCGGCGGUCAUCGUUGCCGUGUGCGCACAAUCCGGAGUCCCAUGUGGAUUUUCGUGUUCGCGCAACACUCAAUUCUUCACGGCUCUCGACGGUCAAACUGGAAGCAUCACUUGUUCGGAUGGAGCUGGAACGGGACGGUGUAUGGGAUGUUGUCAAUCAAGGGGACUUCAAUCGGGAAUUGAUACGAGCAACUCAGCCGGCUUCACCUCAUCCGAUGGCCGCUCGUGUGUUUGCUGUUUCAACAAUUUCCGCUGCAAUGGAGGAGUUGUCCCCACGUUUACCGGAAACACUGGAAACACUCAAGCCGCUCAGCAACAAUUCGGAAAA